AUGACGCCGAUUCAGAGAUCACGCGAUGGCUGCCGUGAAUGCCGGAGGCGGCAUCGGCGUUGCGACGAGGCCAAGCCAGUCUGCGGCUACUGCGUCAGCGUUGGCAAGACGUGCGAGUACGCAAGGGAUCUACGAUGGGGUGGACGACCUUUUGACAAAUCGAACUUCGGGCGCUGUGUCGGCAAAGGUAGACGCGUGUUCAAAGCACGUUCUGCUGGCCAAACGUUGCCUGGCAAUCAAGAUGAGGGUCAAGUUGAUUCCGCGCGACAUAGCACCGAGCAGUCAUUCGUGUAUGUCUGCCAGACUAGCGGCCGAGGGUCGGACGUUGCCGGAUCUGAGUACCCCAAGACACUAAUAACCAGUCACGGGCCAUCAGGCGACGACGUACUACCAGAGAGAGAAGCCGAUGACCAGCUAGCUGGUGAUUUUAGUGGCGAUGAAAGCACAAUGGAGCAAUGGCCAUCUUGGAGACGGUUGGUACCCAGCACGACGCUCGACCUGUUGCCUCGGGCGGAUCGGGCUCUGUUCGACUACUUCCAGCAUCAGCUCACUAAGUCCAUUUCUUGCCACGAGGGAAUGCAAGUCGAGAUAUGCUCAGCCCUUCUCCCCAUCGCCAUGCAAAGCCGGCCCAUGCUGGCGGCUGUCCUCUGCACGGCAGCCUGCCAUCGCCUGUCGGUUGGUCUCGAGCAAGUCGAGGACAAGGUCUUGCGACUGAGGAACGUGGCACUGCAGCACCUGAACCUCAGCCUCGCUACCACGGAAGAGGCCAUCUUGUUAUCGGCUCUCGGCACGAGCUUGGCUCUUUGCCUGAGCGACAUCGCGUCCCCCUCGGCAGCAGACGCAAGUUGGCAUCUCCACCUUGUUGGCGCCUCAGCGCUGUUGAGGAAGCUUAGCGACCUGAAACGCCCACUGGCUACGCUCGAUGUGCGCCUUCUCGUCCGGCUCUACGUUUCGUUCAAGUCGAUCGCUGAGAGCUGCGGCAAGCGUGUCCAAGUUGAAGCGGAGCUUUUCGACCCCGCGCCAUUGUCCGAAGAGGGACGAGGCUACAUUGACGACCUGGCCGGCUUCUCAACGAGCCUGAACCCGGUAAUCCAGGCAAUGCACGGCAUUGAUGAGACGCGGGAACAAGAGGCAAGAGUACCAAGGGUGGAGACCAACAGCUUCAGCUAUGUAUUCCUGCAUGCAGCCCGCUCAACGCACCAGUAUGCCCGACUCAUCUGCCAGGUGGAAGACAUGCUGCAAGAAAACACGCCAGUAUUCAGAUCCGAGAUCGGCGAGUCCCUGACCGAGACGUCGAGACGCGACUUCGUAAAGCUGGACGAGGCGUACCAUCACAUGGUCCUACUGCAGCUGUACAGCCGCGUCGACCCAGACCAGCUGUACUUCCACGAAUCCGUUCAGGCUAGCCUGCGGCAUAUCAUGGACUGCAUAGCAGCCAUGGACAUUGCCGCUCGGCCGUGUCCGGCUGUGGCCUCCCUACCGCCCCUGUUCGAGGCUGGAUGCUGGGUGGCCUCUCAGACAGACCAGCAAAGGCUCCGCGAUCUCUUACUUCGAAUACGCGCAUGCUAUGGCAUGGGAAACGUGACAUGUGCGUUGGACUACUUGGAAGACGAGUGGGCGGCGGCGUCCCUAAACGAGGCUGCCGGAGCGAGGGCUUCGAAAUCAUCUAGGGCUUUGCAUUUUUUGCCUUAUUGA